GUCCUCCGGGGAGAGACGCGCAGCGCCCAUUACGCCGCGGAGAGCUGCCGACACACCAUGCCCCUCUACACGGUUCACAUUCGGGACGAGUGGCUGGCGGUGCCGUGUCGCGAGACCACCAACACCAUCCAAUGGCUGGGAUACGAGGCUCUCAAGCGGUACAUCAAAAACAAGCCCGACAACGGCGGCAUCACGUCCCUGAAGGACAUACGCUUUGCGGUGCGGAGGUGCCAGGGACUGGGUCUGCUGGAUAUGGAUGACACCAUCGAGGAUGUUCUGGAGGAUAACGACUUUAUCGAGCUUGCCAUCGAGGGCGAUACCAGUUCUCCUGACUUCAUCCCAUGCCAGCCCGGCGUCUCUCACCUUACAGCAGCCUACAGAGAACCCGAGGAGUAUCUUCAUUUGGACGGCCAAAGCCUGACAUCGACGGAUCUGGUCAACCUGGGCAGGGGACUCUACAAGAUAAAGAUGACUCCAGAGGCGGAAAACAACGUUGUGAAAUCCAGAGAGCUUUUGGACACUAUUGUCAAAGAAAACAAAGUGGUUUAUGGGAUCACAACAGGUUUCGGCAAAUUUGCCCGGACCGUCAUCCCUGUCAGCAAACUCAAGGAGCUGCAGGAGAACUUGGUGCGGUCGCAUUCAGCAGGUUUGGGAAACCCGCUCAGCCCGGAGAGGACCCGCAUGCUGCUGGCUCUGAGGAUAAACGUUCUGGCCAAAGGGCACAGCGGCAUCUCUCUGGAGACCCUUCAUGCCAUGAUUCAGGCUUUCAACGCAUCCUGUCUCUCCUUCGUCCCCGAGAAGGGAACGGUCGGCGCCAGCGGAGACCUGGCGCCCCUCUCUCACCUGGCCUUGGGGCUGAUAGGAGAGGGCAAAAUGUGGUCACCCAAGAGCGGAUGGGCAGAUGCCAAAUAUGUCUUGGAAGCCCAUGGACUGAAGCCAAUAUCACUGAAACCAAAAGAGGGCCUUGCUCUGAUCAAUGGCACCCAGAUGAUCACCUCUCUGGGGGCGGAGGCCGUAGAGAGAGCCCAGGCCAUCGCCCGGCAGGCGGACAUCGUCGCCGCCCUCACACUGGAGGUGCUGAAAGGAACCACUAAGGCCUUUGACAGCGACAUCCAUUCACUGCGGCCUCAUCCAGGACAGAUAGAGGUGGCCCUGCGCUUCCGCUCCUUACUGGACUCAGACCACCACCCAUCGCAGAUUGCUGAGAGCCACCGGUUCUGUGAUCGGGUCCAGGAUGCCUACACCAUGCGCUGCUGUCCCCAGGUCCAUGGCAUUGCUAAUGACACAAUAAACUUUGUCAAGAACAUCAUCAAUACAGAAAUCAACAGCGCCACCGACAACCCCAUGGUGUUUGCUGAUAGAGGAGAGACCAUUUCCGGAGGGAACUUCCAUGGAGAAUACCCGGCAAAGGCUCUGGACUUUUUGGCGAUCGGGGUCCACGAGCUGGCCUCGAUUAGCGAGAGGAGGAUCGAGAGACUGUGCAACCCCUCCCUGAGCGAGCUGCCUGCCUUCCUCGUCAACGAGGGAGGACUCAACUCGGGCUUCAUGAUCGCCCAUUGCACUGCCGCCGCCCUGGUUUCAGAGAAUAAGGUCCUGUGCCACCCGUCCUCAGUGGACUCACUGUCCACCAGCGCUGCCACGGAGGACCACGUCUCCAUGGGGGGCUGGGCUGCCAGGAAGGCACUGCGGGUGGUGGAACAUGUGGAACAAGUUCUCGCUAUCGAGCUGCUGGCAGCCUGCCAGGGUAUUGAGUUCCUCCGCCCCCUGCGUACCACCACACCAUUGGAGAAAGUCUAUGACCUUGUGCGCAGCGUGGUCAAGCCCUGGAUUAAGGACAGAUUCAUGUCUCCUGAUAUUGAAGCUGUCCAUCGCCUCCUACUUGACCAGAAGAUAUGGGGUGUUGCCAAACCGUACAUUGACAAAUACCAGAUGGAGUACAUUCCUGAGUCUCGCCCCGCCUCCCCUACGGCCUUCUCUCUGGGGUCCCCUGCAUCGCCACUAAAACGCAUCCGUCUCGAGUGAAAAUGUUCCGUUUUUUUCCCCCAGAAUGGAAGAACAACUAAUUUGAAAAAUACAACAAAAAAAAAGUGAUAAAUGAAAGGAGGCUAUAAUUUGAACGACAUCUCGUUCACCGAUCUUGGUCAGAGGUGCAAUGCUUUGUUAAUUCCGCUAGAAAGCCACAAAAUCUCAACUUUGAUUUCUUUUAUUUUAGUUUUCUAGCCAAUGGGACAAUACAUCACUAUUGUAUUUAUGCCAGCUUUUGUCGGUCUUUCAGAAAUGUACUACCUCAGCCAUUCUACCAUUUUAAGACAUAAUCUUUAUCAAUGGCUCAGCACAAAAAAAGAAAAAGAAAAAAAAGUAUUUUGAUGUUAUGUACCCUAGCCUAAUCAAUCACAACUCCUUACAACAAUAAAAUUUUCCAAAGGA